ACUUUCUUUUUUUUUAUAUAUUUUUGGUUUUUCGAUUUUUAGAUCUCUCCUAAUUUUCCUGUGCUUUUGAAGGGGAAAAGAAAAGAAAAGGAAAAAGAAAAAGGUUAGACAAGGACGAAAAUAAUAUACUACGUAGUACACUAGUACAUUUGUCACAGAGCUUAGAAAAGUAGCCGUUAUAACUUUUUUAAUUGCCGACAGCAAACCAAACUGAAGAAUUAAAUAGGCAAAGCACUGUUCACAUUCAGCCCAUCAAUUGUUUCGCUGUCUCAGGCGCUUUUUAGUUUAUAUUUUCAUGUCAUUUUCUUUUUUACAUCUCUCACCAUCUUCGGCGCAUUCUAGCGAAGAAUCUCACUCCAUUUGGCAAGAAAUUUCUGGACGUUGUCGUUUUGGUAAAACUAUAACCGUGAACUUUGUCGGUUUCGUGUCCGAUCUGUUCUUCUUCUCCUCUCAAGUUAGGACAAGCAGUUCAAUUUGAACUCGAAACGUAACGAUUUGACUUAGUUUUGAAAGAGUUUUGGGUUUAUCAAGCACUGGACAGAAGUCAAGUUCAGAGAUUGAAGUGGAAAUUACUCAUCUUUUUUGAAGUGGAUAAAUGGCUUCACUUAAUGAUAUAGGGGUUGCAGCAGCUAUCAAUAUCCUUAGUGCAUUUGCUUUCUUUGUGGCAUUUGCUAUAAUUCGGCUUCAGCCUUUCAACGAUAGGGUCUACUUUCCAAAAUGGUAUCUAAAGGGUUUAAGAAGCAGUCCAUUGCACUCGGGUGCAUUUGUACACAGAUUCGUCAAUUUGGACUACCGUUCAUACAUGAAAUUUCUGAAUUGGAUGCCUGCUGCAUUGCAAAUGCCAGAACCCGAGCUUAUUGACCAUGCAGGAUUGGACUCUGCUGUUUACCUGAGGAUUUACUUGACAGGACUUAAAAUUUUCAUUCCUAUCACAUUCCUUGCUUUCACAGUCAUGGUGCCAGUUAAUUUUACCAAUGGUACUUUAGAGCAUUCUAAUUUAACUUACAGUGACAUAGACAAGCUUUCUAUCUCAAACAUUCCUGCCGGAUCACGUAGAUUCUGGACCCAUUUGGUAAUGGCUUAUGUCUUUACCUUCUGGACGUGCUAUGUAUUGAAAAAGGAGUAUGAGAUAAUAGCAUCAAUGAGGUUGCAUUUUCUUGCAUCAGAGCAUCGGCGCCCAGACCAAUUUACCGUACUUGUUAAAAAUGUGCCGCCAGACCCUGAUGAAUCAGUCAGUCAGCUUGUGGAGCAUUUUUUCAUGGUCAACCAUCCAGAUCACUAUCUCACUUAUCAGGUUGUGUGCAAUGCAAAUAAACUUUCUAAAUUAGUCAAGGAGAAGAAAAGAAUGCAGAACUGGCUUGACUACUAUCAGCUGAAAUAUUCUAGAAAUCAAUCAAAAAGACCCUCUGUGAAGACUGGUUUUCUUGGCCUAUGGGGGAAGAGAGUGGAUGCCAUUGAUUUUUAUACAUCAGAGAUUGAGAAGCUAUCAGAAGAAAUAUCUGCAGAGAGAGAGACUAUUACCACCAAUCCUAAAUAUAUAAUGCCAGCUUCAUUUGUCUCCUUCAAAACUCGAUGGGGAGCUGCUGUUUGUGCACAAACUCAACAAUCCAGAAACCCAACUAUAUGGUUAACCGAGUGGGCUCCAGAGCCACGUGAUAUUUAUUGGGAUAACCUGGCAAUCCCAUAUGUUUCGCUCUCAAUUAGGAGGCUUAUAAUUGCUGUUGCAUUCUUCUUCCUCACCUUCUUUUUCAUGAUUCCAAUAGCAUUUGUGCAGACACUUGCUAACAUUGAUGGAAUAGAGAAAGCAGCUCCCUUCCUGAAGUCCAUAAUUGAAGUGAAAUUUAUCAAGUCAUUCAUCCAAGGUUUUCUUCCAGGAAUUGCAUUGAAGAUUUUUCUCAUUAUUCUACCCUCAAUAUUGAUGCUAAUGUCUAAAUUUGAAGGAUUUAACUCCAUAUCAGCUCUAGAGAGGAGAUCUGCAACAAGAUACUAUAUUUUCCAAUUUAUUAAUGUUUUUCUUGGGAGCAUUAUUACAGGAACUGCAUUUCAACAACUAAAUAAUUUUAUUCACCAGUCUGCAAAUGAUAUCCCAAUAACAAUUGGUGGUUCGAUUCCAAUGAAGGCAACCUUCUUUAUAACUUAUAUAAUGGUGGAUGGAUGGGCUGGAGUUGCUGGGGAGAUUCUGCGGUUAAAACCAUUGAUAUUCUUUCACUUAAAAAAUUUCUUUUUGGUGAAGACUGAAAAGGAUAGGGAAGAGGCAAUGGAUCCAGGAAGUCUUGGUUUUAACACAGGGGAACCCCAAAUACAACUUUAUUUCUUGCUUGGCCUUGUUUACGCUGUGGUGACCCCAAUUCUACUUCCUUUCAUCAUUAUAUUCUUUGGGCUGGCAUAUGUUGUAUACCGACAUCAGAUUAUAAACGUCUACAAUCAGGAGUAUGAGAGUGCUGCGGCAUUCUGGCCUGAUGUCCAUGGACGAAUCAUAGCUGCAUUGGUUGUCUCGCAGCUGCUUUUAAUGGGACUAUUAAGUACGAAAGCUGCCGCUCAGUCAACUCCUUUGCUCAUCACACUCCCAGUAUUGACCAUAUCGUUCCAUAUAUUCUGCAAAGGUCGUUAUGAGCCAGCUUUUGUCAGAUACCCAUUACAGGAAGCAAUGAUGAAGGAUACCUUGGAGCGUACAAGGGAGCCAUACCUGAACUUGAAAGAGUACCUUCAAAAUGCUUACAUCCAUCCGGUAUUCAGGGGUGGAGAUGAUAGUGAGAGCGAUGCAGAUAGCGAAGAAUCUAAUUUGGAGCCUGUGCUUGUCCCCACAAAACGCCAAUCCCGAAGGAAUACACCAUUGCCCACCGAAGACAGUGACUCUACUCCAUCCUUACUGCCCAAAAUUCGCGAAGAUUCACAAUCUCCAGUGUACUUUUAGACCUCCAUGCACGAGGAAAUGUUGGUAGAAGAUUCGCAGUCCUCAUGCUACAUUUAGACUUCCAUGCAUGAGGACUUACUCGUAGAAGGCGAGGCACUGUAAAUAAAAUGGAGUUAGAAGAAAGUUUGUUGUGUAGAGGGGCAAAAGAUCAAUCUAUGCAGUUUUUGGGUUUUGGCAACUUGGCCAAUUGGUACUGAUAGAAGCUACAAACUAGAUAGGGCAACAUUGAAUAUAACUAACCUUUAUGGCAUAAUAUGUAUGAAAGUUUUUGCUUAUGCAUAACUGUCUUAUUUCUUCAAUGUCAAUUUGUUUAGACCUUCGUACCAUUACGCUUGGGGAGAUGUCAGCUGACGAUAGUUUGCUAUAGUUUAGAACAAUCAAAAUGGAUGUUUUAUUUUGAGAGAGAGAAUAUCAUGCAAACUAGCAAGUUUGUGUCAGAGCAAUGUUGAAUGUCAUUGACUUUAUUUUUUUAAAUUUUUAUUUUUUGAAAAAAUAAAAAUCUUAUGCUUAAAAAAAUAAACAAUAAUAAUAAAUAGUUCUUAUACA